AUGCAUCUCAAAACUCUGGCAGUAUCUCUCUUAGCUGUCCCUCUGCUUGCCUCUCCAUUAAGCACCGAGUCAAAAACAUCUAUCGCGAAGCGCACCAUUCCAAGCAUUGAAGAGUUUGAUGAAACUGACAAAAUUCGUAUCAAAAAUGGAUUUAGCGACGCCAUGAAAAUCGCAAAGUCUGUUUUGACCUCGAAAGCCAGUAUCGUUGACCCAAUUCUUGCGAAAUACUUUGACAAAGAGGAUAAGACGAAGGUCCUUGAGGUAUAUGAGAAAAUCACCGGUGGAAGCUUGGCCCAAUACUCCGGUAACACUCUCUUAAGCCAGAUCACCGUGGUAGACGAGGGCUAUCCAGGUUGGGGCCAUAUGUCUUGCGGAAAAGACGACGAUAUGGGAGAAAUCCAUCUCUUUGACACUAGUAAUCCUAUACUAGUGGUCUGUGACUAUGCUCUUGAUCGUGGCAACAUUGACAAAGGGUACGAUGAUAUACCUGCCGUCACCUGUGAUAACAUUGGAGAUACAGUUGGCUCUAAAAUGGAUACUCUGGGCUCGACAAUAUUGCACGAGUAUACGCAUUGGAAGGAUUUGGUAGUGCCUCCGUUAGAUGCAUCAACACAGGAUUAUGCAUAUGGAGCUUAUGCAAGUCAGCAUCUGGAUAACAAAAAGAAAAUCAUGAAUGCCGAAAACUAUAAUUGGUUUGCGACUGAAGUGUUUUGGACAGCGAAAUGUGAUCGUGAUUUCAAAGCCGCUACGAAGAAGAGUUCAGAAACUUCAGAAUGUUAG